AUGCUUGUAGAUAUAAUGGAAAAAUCAGAAUUAGAAACCGAUGAUAAUUGUAAACAGUCAAAAACUGUAUUACCAGCGAAACUCCGUAUGAAAGAGCGUUCACGUUCAAAUACAACAGAUAUCAAUGAUCCAGAAAAUUUAGAUUACGAGGAAGAAUAUAGCGGUACAAACAACAAUAAUAGUAAUCAAGAAGAAGUGAAUAAAAAUUUAUCAGGUGUUGCAAUGGAUACAGAUAAUUUAUUGUUGGCUAAUGAUGAAAUGACAGGCGAGGAAAUAGAAGAAACAUCAAAUAUUUUGCACGAAGAAGAAAACACAGAUAUAGCUAAAGAUGCAGUGAAAACGAAGAAAAAACUCAAAGAAAAGUCACAAUCAUCAACAAAGAAAAAUCAUAAAACAUCAAAAGUGAUCGAUAAGAGUAAUGAUGAGAAAAUAGACCACGAUGAUGAAUCAAAACAAGACGAAGAAGGCGAGUUAAAUAGUAAUCAUGAAGAUAGUAGUCAUGAUUUAGCGAUGGGUAGUGACGAAGGCGAAUUGGAUGAAGGCGAAUUAGAAGACGGGGAAAUACACGAGACAUCAACAAAAAAACAACACCAACCACAAACACAACAUCGACGACAUCUACCAGCAAUCCGUCCGUCACCUAUUCAACAUUCCUUACUUCAUCAGCGUGAACAACAGCAACCUUUAGCAAACAAUAACAGCAUUUCACAUAUCCCACUGUCCUCCCAACAGCAAAAAGUUCAUUGUCGAUUUUUUCUACAAGGCCGUUGUCAUUGGGGAGCAAAUUGUAAAUAUAUGCAUCCAAAUUUGAACGACACAAAAAAUCAAUCAUCAUACCUCGAGCAGUCUCGUAAUACGAAUUCGCCACCAUCAUCUGCUGGUACCACAUGGUUGUCACCGCAAUCAGCAGCUACGGCAUUCUUUGGCAAUUCAUCAAUAGUUCGAAAUGUUGCAGCUAUUGCAGCGGCCGCGGUUGCAUCCCAACAACAAGCCUCAGCAGCACCUGCAACAACAUCAAACACUGAAUCAGCUUGGGAACGGGGGCUUCGAAGCGCGAAAACGCUUCGAGAACAAUCGAUGAGACGAAAACAACAAGAUAAAGAUUUCAAUGAUAAAAAAUUUAAUUUAACAUUGAAAGACGCGGAUGAAGAGAAAGAUCCAGAUGAAGAAUUAGUAAAUAUUGAAAGACCACAGGUUGAUUACGAUGAUAUUAUGUACCACAACAAUUUUGAAGAGAGAUGGCCGAUGCAACAGCAUUCGAAUCCAUAUAAUUAUCACAAUCCAGGUACUCAUAUUCCACCAAGACUGCGACAUUUUGAUCGAGAUCAAUUGGAUCGUAGUGGUGGCUCUAAUUUUAUCAACUAUAAUCAGGAUCGUCGAAUACGUCAGCGGGAUCCGUAUAUUGAUAAUAAAGGAGAUCGUAAAGAAAAAUUGAAGAAUAGUAAAAGUUUGCAAAAGAGCAAAGAUCCAUCAAAAAAAAUUCAUCAUACAUCUCAGUUUCCUGUUCCUUUGUCCCAUCAUGUACCACACCAACGAUAUCUCGAUGAUGAACAUCAACCACAACAAUUAUCGUCGAUGGCUAGGCGUGCGGAUGAUUGGGUAGAUCCUUGGGACAGAUCUCGAAAUAAUCGUCGAAAUACAUCUCGUGGAAGAGAAAAUUCUUACACAUCGUCCAGUGGGUCAUCGUCAAGAUCAAGUCGGCCAAGACGGCGUUCACCUUCGGUAACACGCUCAAAACCUGCAAGACAAGAAAAUGUGAAAAAUGGUGAAAAACAAUCGUCGACUUUAAAUAUUCCAUCGAUAUCAGUUCCACCCGAUGGUGAAAAUCAAAAUGUUGGUAAAAAGCAGCAGACAUCAUCAAUUGUUGCUCCCACCGAACGUCACAAAACAACAUCAAAUCAUCAUUCAUCCAAUGGAGGAAAUCAUUCAACGUCACAACAAUUAGGAAAAAAAGUAUCACCAAAUGAAAGUCGAUCAACGAAAUUUUUGCCUGGGCGAACGAUUUCUAGUCAUACAUUGAAAAAAGCUGAAAAAGCGGAGCGCCCAAAAUCAAAUUAUCGUCAUUUGAACCCACAAAUCUAUCAUCAAUCACAGAAAGAACAAUUACUAAAUAAAGAUGGUAAUAAUGAGAAAAAAACAAUCAAAAAAGAGGGAAAACGAUCAGAUAGUAGUAGUUCAGGAACAUCAUCUUCGUCUUCUGCUAGUUCAUCACGUGUUCGACCUAAAGCCGUUUCAUCCACUUCUUCCUCACGUAGUUCCAGCUCUGAAAGUGAGGAAAAAGUUAAAAAUCGUUUAGCUAAAGAAAAUACAAUGCAUAGUAAUAAAUCAGUUAAUACUCAUACAAAACCUACAAUGAAUAGACAAGUAUCAUCAUCAGGAAAUCGAAUAAAAACGUCAGAGAAGAAAGAGUCGACUUCACUCGGUCACACAAAAUCAAUAACAUCUAGUCGUUCAGGAAUCAUUAAUAAAGACACUAUUAAUCCAAAAUCUUCGACAUCACACAACGAUAAAAAACGGCGUGAUACAUCGUCAUCCGGUUCAACGACAACGAAAAAGCUAAAAACAGCUAAUCAUGCGAUAAAUGAAAGGAAACGUACGUCGCCGCAACCACCACCUCCACCAUCAACGUCAAUUUCUACAAGUGAUUCUCACAAACAAAGUGCCCAUCAUCAUCAUAAAAUAUCAAACAACACAGCAACAGAUUCAACAUCUAUGGAUAGCGAUUCAGGUAAAAAGAAACAAAAACAAAAAAUUUUGAAAAAAUUGGAGGAAGUUGAAAAAUUAAUUAGUCAGCGAACAACAAAAACUUGA